AUGUCAAUUCCUGUUAUUCUUUCUAUCGAUGUGGGAACUACCUCCACGAGGGCUAUCAUCUUUGACCGCAAUGCCAACGAAAUUGCAAAUCAUCAAAUUGAAUAUUCAACCUCAUCAAAUUGUGCUCAAGAUGAAAACACGCCUACUGAUGCUAUCAAACUCAAACCCGAUUUUUCGAGAGGCAGUGGUUUUGAAUCAUUUUUAUCGGCCGAAGGUGUUGAAAUUAAGCAAUCAUCGCUUGUUGAAAUUGAGCAAAACAUGAAUUAUAAAGCUGCCCCAACUCUCAUUUUUCCAAAGGCUGGUUGGGUUGAAAUCAAUCCAAUCAAGAUUUUAGAAAAUGUUGUGCAAUGUGUAUCCAGGGUUGUUGAACUAUUAGAGAAAAAGAAUCAUCUGAUUUCAAAUUCAAAAUUCAAAAAUCAAAAGCCCUUUAGGAUUUUGGGUAUUGGAGUCACAAAUAUGCGAGAGACCACUCUUGUUUGGUCUCGAAAUACUGGCUGUCCAUUAUAUUCUGGUAUUGUUUGGUCUGACACUAGAACAUCUCAUAUUGUUGAUUCAUUUAUCAAUUCUUGCAGGCCAGAAAAACUUCUGGACUUAAAGCAGAAAACGGGAUUGGUUCCUUCUACAUACUUUUCAAGCUCAAAAUUAAAAUGGUUGAUCGAUAAUGCUCCCCAAGUUAAACAGAUCUAUAAUUCCAGCAAAAAUAACAAUACCACUGAUAUAUCUUCAGUUGACAAAAUAAUGUUCGGUACAAUCGAUACGUGGUUAAUUUACAAUUUCACGAAAGACCACAAUUAUUUGACAGAUGUUACAAAUGCUUCACGGACCAUGUUUAUGAAUUUGGAAACCAAUAUGUUCGAUAAUUCUCUUAUUGAGCUCUGGAAUAUUGAUCAUCGUAACAUUGUUUUUCCUAAAAUAACCUCCUGCUCAGAAAAUUUUGGUUUUUUCACAUUACCGAAUUUUGAAAAAUUUGGUAGCAAACACUUUAAACUUUCAACUGAUGCAACUCAAUUAAUCGAAAAACACUUAUCAAAUGUGCAGAUUUGCGGCUCUAUUGGUGAUCAAUCAUCAUCUUUGGUUGGAUUGACAUGUUUUGAGUUAAAUAAUUCAAAGUGCACUUAUGGGACAGGAAGUUUUAUUUUAUAUAACACCGGAAAACAAAAGAUUAUUUCAAGCAAUGGACUUUUGACAACAGUAGGUUACUGGUUUCCACAGAUUAGUGGUCAACCAACAUAUGCAUUAGAAGGAUCUGUGGCUGUUGCUGGUUCUGUUGUGCAGUGGCUAAGAGAUAACUUAAGAUUGAUUGAAAAGUCAAGCGAUAUUGGAAAGUUAGCUUCGCAAGCAGCAGACACUGCAGGUGUUGUCUUUGUACCCUGUUUCUCUGGACUUUUCUCUCCUUAUUGGGACCCCAAAGCAAGAGGAUCAAUUUUUGGACUAACACAAUACACAAAUAGCUCACAUAUUUGCAAGGCAGCAAUUAUUGGUAUUUGCCAGCAAAUACGAUCUGUUAUAAACUCAAUGCAAGCGGACUUCAAAAGCGCUGAAAAUGCUGUUAUCACCAAUUCAUUGCUACGAGUGGAUGGAGGAAUGUCAAAAAGUGACGAGGUUUUGCAAAUGCAAGCAGAUUGUUUGGGUGACAAAAUUGUUAUUGAAAGGUCCACAACUUCUGAAUCUACAGCUUUGGGUGCGGCAAUUGCAGCAGGCUUGUCUUUUCAAGAUUCUUCCCUUAGAUUAUGGAAGGACUUAGAUGACGUCAGAUCUGCUACAAAUCAGGCUACCAAAACAUUGUCGAAAAAUUCUGCCAAUUCAAAAAGAGAGUUCCACUGUCAAAUGAGUGAAGAUCAGAGACAGAGAGAAUGGGAAUUAUGGGAAAAGGGAGUAAAGAGAGCUAUGAAUUGGAUGGAUUAA